GUGGCGGCAGGGGGGCAGGGCGGGGGAGGGGGACCGGCGGAACACUUUGGCGAGGAGGCAUCUCGGCCGGCCGCUGGCCAGAGCCGGGGUCCAAGGACAAAGGCGGGAAGCGCCGGCUCCUGGGGGCGGGAAGAGAGGGGCCGGCACCUGCAUCGCCCGGCGGGCCUCACCUCUCGGCAGCCCCGCUCAACGCCACCGCCGCCGCUCUGGAUUUACUAGAAGCCAUUUUGUCUGCCCCCCCAACCCCCGGUUUUCCCCUCGGCCCCCCCCGGGCCCCAACGCCCCCCGGCCUCCUUCCGUCUCCCCUUUGUUAAUUAAAACUAAGGAGUAAGAAUGGGGACAAUGUAGCCGGCUCCUGCGGCGCAAGGCUAAGGAUACAACGCCAAAUCCUCCCUCCCUCCCUUCGAGAUGGAAAGAGGAGCUCCCGGCUCGCUUAAGCCAGGGUAGGGCCGGCUCCCCUUCCCGCGCCGAACAUCCCGGGGGCGAUGGUGAAUUAUGAACGUGCCACACCAUGAAGCUCUCGCGGCAGGUCCCCGCGCACCACCACACCUGGAACGCCGUCCCGCCGCCCGCCGUCCCCCUCGCGGCGCAAGCGUGGGUCCUGUGCGCGGCUGUGGCCUUGGCGGCCGCCUCGGCCGGGCCCCAGAACUGCCCCUCGGUCUGCUCGUGCAGUAACCAGUUCAGCAAGGUGGUGUGCACGCGCCGGGGCCUGUCCGAGGUGCCCCCAGGCAUCCCGGCCAACACGCGCUCCCUGAACCUCAUGGAGAACAACAUCCGGCUGAUCCAGGCCGACACCUUCCGCCACCUGCACCGCCUGGAGGUCCUGCAGCUGGGCCGCAACGCCAUCCGCCAGAUCGAGGUCGGGGCCUUCAACGGCCUGGCCAGCCUCAACACGCUGGAGCUGUUCGACAACUGGCUGACGGUCAUCCCCAGCGGGGCCUUCGAGUACCUGUCCAAGCUGCGGGAGCUGUGGCUGCGCAACAACCCCAUCGAGAGCAUCCCCUCGUACGCCUUCAACCGGGUGCCCUCUCUCAUGCGCCUGGACCUGGGCGAGCUCAAGAAGCUCGAGUACAUCUCUGACGGGGCCUUCGAGGGCCUCUUCAACCUCAAGUACCUGAACCUGGGCAUGUGCAACAUCCGCGACGUGCCCAACCUGACCCCGCUGGUGGGGCUGGAGGAGCUCGAGAUGUCGGGGAACCACUUCCCCGAGAUCCGGCCGGGCUCCUUCCACGGCCUGACCUCCCUCAAGAAGCUGUGGGUCAUGAACUCCCAGGUGCGCCUGAUCGAGCGCAACGCCUUCGACGGCCUGGCCUCCCUGGUGGAGCUCAACCUGGCCCACAACAACCUCUCGUCCCUGCCCCACGACCUCUUCGCUCCGCUGAGGUACCUGGUGGAGCUGCACCUCCACCACAACCCCUGGACCUGCGACUGCGACGUCCUGUGGCUGGCCUGGUGGCUCCGGGAGUACGUGCCCACCAACUCCACCUGCUGCGGCCGCUGCCACGCCCCCCUGCACCUGCGGGGCCGCUACCUGGUCGAGGUGGAGCGGGCCGCCUUCCAGUGCGCCGCCCCAGUCAUCAUGGACGCCCCCCGGGACCGCAACGUCUCCGAGGGCCGGCUGGCCGCGCUCCGGUGCCGGACUCCCCCGCUCUCUGCCGUCCGCUGGCUGCUGCCCAACGGCACGGUGCUGAGCCACGCCUCCCGCCACCCGCGCCUCGCCGUCCUCAACGACGGCACCUUGAACUUCUCCCACGUGCUGCUGGCCGACACCGGGCUGUACACGUGCAUGGUGGCCAACGUGGCCGGCCGCUCCAACGCCUCGGCCUACCUCAACGUGAGCACGGCCGAGCUCAACACCGCCAACUACAGCUUCUUCACCACCGUCACCGUGGAGACCACCGAGCUCGCGCCCGACCCCGCCACCCCAAGCCCCGGCCCGCCCCCACUGCCGGCUCCACCGCCUACCGGCCCCGCCUACACGGCCUCCGCCACCGUCCUCACCCAGACCACGCGGGCCCCGGGCGGCCGGCCGGGCCCCACCGCCGGACCCCCGGACAAGACGCAGACCAGCCUGGACGAGGUCAUGAAGACCACCAAGAUCAUCAUUGGCUGCUUCGUGGCCGUGACCCUGCUGGCCGCCGCCAUGCUCAUCGUCUUCUACAAGUUGCGCAAGCGGCAUCAGCGGCGCGGCACCGUGGCCGCCGCCCGGACCGUCGAGAUCAUCCAGGUGGAUGAGGACAUCCCGGCCGCGGGGGCCGCGGGGGCCCAGUCCGGCGCCGGAUCAGGUGAGGGGGCGGUCGUGCUGCCCGCCAUACACGACCACAUUAACUACAACACCUACAAACCGGGACACGGGGCCCAUUGGACAGAAAACAGCUUGGGCAACUCUCUGCACCCCACAGUCACCACUAUCUCUGAACCUUAUAUCAUUCAGACCCACACCAAGGACAAGGUGCAGGAAACUCAAAUAUGACUCCCCCCGAACCCCACCCCCAAAUUAUAAAAUGCAAUAGAAUGCACAAAAAAAGGAAAAAAAAAAGAGACAUCAACUUUUGUACAGAGUGGGGAGAGACUUUUUUUCUUGUAUAUGCUUAUAUAUUACACCUAUGGGCUGAUAAGAGAAGCAGAUUAUAUUAAAAUCGAAAAACAGAAACAAAAACAAAACACAAAA